CACAUGGAGAAUGGUACAAAUGUGAUGGAUUUCAUCCUGGUGGGUCUAACCAAUGCUCCAGAACUUCAGAUUCCCUUCUUUAUUGUGUUCAUCCUCAUUUUCCUCAUCAGUGCUUUUGGAAACCUGGGGAUGAUCACACUGAUCCUGUUGGACUCCCGUCUCCACACCCCAAUGUACCUUUUCAUCAUUAAUUUGUCUUUGGUGGACUUUGGCUACUCCUCAGCUGUCACACCUAAAGUGAUAGCUGGGUUCCUUAGAGGAGGCAAGGUCAUCUCCUACAAUGCAUGUGCUGCUCAGAUAUACUUAUUUGCAGCCUUUGCCAGUGUGGAAAAUUUCCUCUUAGCCUCAAUGGCCUAUGACCGCUAUGCAGCAGUAUGUAAACCCCUCCAUUACACCAUCACCAUGACGACAAGUGUGUGUACACGUCUGGCCAUAGGCUCCUAUGCAUGUGGUUUCUUGAAUGCUUCCAUCCCUGCUGGAGGCACAUUCAGCCUUUCUUUCUGUAAGUCCAAUGUGGUCCAUCACUUUUUCUGUGACAUUCCAGCUGUCAUGGCUCUGUCUUGCUUGGAUAAACACAUUAGUGAGGUGGUUCUUGUUUUAAUUUCAAGCUUUAAUGUCUUUUUUGCUCUUCUGGUAAUAUUGAUUUCCUACCUUUUCAUAUCGAUCACCGUCUUGAAGAUGCACUCAGCUAAGGGAUACCAAAGGUUGUCCAUCUGCACUAGUCACCUCUCUGCAGUCUCCAUCUUCUAUGGGACAGUCAUCUUUAUGUACUUACAACCCAGCUCCAAUCAUUCCAUGGACACAGACAAAGUGACAUCUGUGUUCUAUGCUAUGGUCAUUCCCAUGCUGAACCCUAUCGUCUACAGCCUGAGGAACAAAGAGGUUAAAAGUGCAUUCAAGAAGGUUUUGGGGAACGCAAAAUUCUCUCUAGCCUUUGGAUUUUAA